UUCAAAGAUGCAUAAUUUCACAAUCUUGCUUACCCUUGUCAUUUUAUUGACUUUCUUUGGCGCUGAUGCCCGUGUUACUUUUGAUGGUCAAAAAAGAGAUGCUGAAAACAAUACUAUCUUGUCUACCGUGCCUCUUGUUGGUCCUCUUGUUGGUCCUCUUGCUGGUGGUAUUGUUGAUUCUAGGGGUAAUCCUAUUGGUGGUGGUUUCAGUAAUGCUAGAAUGGGUAGCCGUAAAUCAAAUCCUUCUAAGGAUGACUAGCAGAAAAAUCCGAUUAUCUAAAACAAACUCCUUACAAUUUCACUAAAUGACAUUGUGAUAGGAUAUCACAGUUUUAGUGUAAUGCUAAUACUUUUUAAUACGUUAUCUAAUUUAGUAAUAAAACGGAC